UGGCUUAUAUUUUUGCAAAGAAAGAUGCAGAGCCGGGCGAUGCAUUAUAUGAGGAAAUGGAAGACAAUAUUGACUUUGAAUUUGUUACAAACAGUAACCCACACCUGACUAACCCUGACUCCCUUGGUAUAUAUAACAUCAACCAAGUGGAAUCUUAUAGCGACAAUACUUCCGUGUGUCCUAUCCCACCUGGCUCUCCAGCUUAUUCUUCUUCUAUGGCUAGUUCUCCACGUGAGUUUUCCUCGACCCCAGUAAAUGGUUUCCAACAGGACCUUCCAUUUGAGCCGUAUCGUGAUGAUCCUGAGGAGGCUUCAGCUACCCAACUGUUAUAUACUUCUUUUGACGGUCCCAUCGAUUCUGAUAAUGGAAAAUGUCCGAUAAACGUUGAAGAAGAUAAUGACUAUCAUUCUAACACGUCUUCAAAAAAAUAUGCAAGAAAAUUAAGGAUCGCUAUAGUAAUAUCAACAACAUUUUUUGUCCUGGAGCUAGUUGGUGGUUGGAUCUCUGGCAGUUUGGCUCUAUUGAGUGAUUCGUUUCAUUUGUUGAGCGAUAUAAUAAGUUUUGCUAUAUCACUUUUAUCCAUAUAUCUUGCCCAGAGGCCCGCUACUAGAUCGCUUUCGUAUGGUUACCAUCGUGCCGAAAUUUUGGGCGCUCUUGCUUCAAUUCUCCUUAUAUGGCUACUUACCGGAUACUUAUGUUUUGAAGCCUAUGAUCGGAUACAAAACCCAAAGAGUGUGGAUGGGUUGACAAUGUGUGUUGUUGCUUCUAUAGGUGUAAUGGUCAAUAUUGUCCAUGGCCACGACAAAAAUCAUGGUCACCAUCAUUGUGGUGAUAAUGUCAAUGUUAGAGCAGCUCUACUUCAUGUUUUGGGUGAUCUUCUCUCAUCGUUAGGCGUUCUAAUUUCAUCAAUAGUAAUUACGCUUGAUCCAAGUCAAUCAUGGGUUGAUCCAUUGUGUACAUUUAUCUUUUCUACUUUCGUUAUGCUUUCAACUGUUGGAAUAGUGCGAAGUAGCGUAAGAGUUUUAAUGGAAGCUACUCCACCACACAUCGAUGCUCACGCUGUAAGGGCUGAUUUAGAGGAAAUCUCUGGCGUAAAGAGUGUUCAUGAUUUACACAUAUGGGAAUUAACUGUUGGAAGGACAGCUCUCACUGCCCAUCUUCAGCUUCACCCAUAUGAUCCAGAAAUUCAACAAGAACCUUUGAAGCCCACUGAAAUAUUAGCGAAUGCUAGACGUAUGUUGAAAAAUAAUUAUGGCAUCUUACAGGUGACUAUUCAAGUCGAAUAA